GAGCUAUAUACAGGGAGUACCAGUAUCAGAUCAAUGUGGAGCUAUAUACAGGGUGUACCAAUACCAGRUCAAUGUGCAGAGGUAYGAGGUAUUUGAGCUAKAUAUGUACAUGAAGGCAGRGUAAAGUGACUAGGCAUCGGUAUAGAUAAUAAUGAGAGUAAAAUAAAGAAACCACAUGGACAGACAGCUAUUAAUCAAUUAUCUCCGAUUAAUCAGAGAUAAUGUAGUGGUGCGCACAGACACCAUGUCAGCAUUGUGUCAUGCGGUGUCUAUCAUCAAGUUAAAUUAUUAUAUUAAACCCUUGUCCAUUUUGGUGAUUACUGUCACUGGUCGAGAGUCUCAACGAUCCACAGACAGAGUUAUUUUUAGAUUCAGAUAAACCUAUUGCUGGAUAAGUAGGUUAAUCUAUUCUUUAUGCAGCAUUGGGCUGUCUACUAGAUCAUCCUCUGAUACCAAGACAGUCAGUCAGGUCAAAUAUUUAGAACUAGGCUAUUGGGGAAAGGACAACGCCUCUAGAUCUGUUUAGCAAACGGUCACUCGUUUGGCUUUGAAUCGUUUUCCGGGAUUUAACCAGACCGCAGCUGUCUGUCACAACAAAGAUGGAGGAGAAAGCUAGCUAGCUAGCACUGUACAUCACCGAGGACCUUAAGCUAAAAACAAAAUUGACCAGUUUCUCUACUGAUUGUAUUUUUGAUAUCGUGAUUUUCAAGAUGGAUCCUGCCGUAUUUCCUGAGGAUGUCGUUGUAAAAAAGGUUUCCAUCGUUGGAUCGGAGCUCGUGGAGAAUUACACUGUGUACGUCAUCGAGGUGACAGUCAGGGAUCACAGAUGGACCAUCAAGCAUCGCUACAGUGAUUUCMAUGAUUUGCAUGAGAAACUGACAGCUGAGAAGAAGAUAGAGAAACAUUUACUGCCGCCUAAGAAGAUGAUCGGUAAAAACUCCAAAAGCCUGGUAGAGAAACGUCAGAAGGAGCUGGAAGUCUACCUACAAACACUGCUUGUCAGAUUCCCUACAGCUGCCCCUAAAGUCCUCUCCUACUUUCUGCACUUCCACCAAUAUGAAAUGAAUGGAAUCACAGCCGCUCUGGCAGAGGAGCUGUUCCAUAAGGGAGAGCAGUUGCUGGUGGCUGGUGAGGUGUUCACAUUGUGUCCCCUCCAACUGUAUGCCAUCACUCAGCAGCUGAAGCUGGCCAAACCUACCUGCUCUAAUGGUGACGCCAAGGCAGACCUGGGACACAUUCUGGACUUCACCUGCAGACUCAAAUACCUCAAGAUCACAGGCACCAGAGGAGAGGUGGGGACCAGUAACAUCCAGGAAGACAGCCUCACGUUUGACCUUUCAGUCUUUAAAGCUCUCCUACAGAUUGAGAUAAGUGAGUGUAACUCGGCCCAGAUCAUGGGACUGCCUUCUCUGAAACCCUGUCUGGUCACGCUGAGCGUCCACCACACUGCAGCAUCCAUGAUGGAUGUGCUGGUUCCGGAGGCAUGUGAGUCCCCUCAGUGGGUAGCAGAGGGAGCGCUUUCAGACUGUCCCGUCACCACCAUCAUCCCUACCUGGAAGACUCUCACCACUCUGGACAUGAGCCACAACCACAUAGGCUGCAUAGACAACUCAGUGAAAUUGAUACCAAAAGUAGAAUUCUUAGAUUUUAGUUCCAAUGAGCUCUCUACGGUGGAAAACCUUCAGCACCUGUACAACCUGAUCCACCUGGACCUUUCUUACAACAUUCUGACAGUGUUAGAGGGGGCCCACACCAAACUGGGUAACAUCAAGACCCUCAACCUGGCAGGCAACCAACUAGACAGCCUCGCAGGCCUCACUAAACUAUACUCUCUGGUCAACCUGGACCUCAGCUCCAACAAGCUAGGACAGCUUGAGGAGAUCAGGUACAUAGGAACGCUGCCCUGCCUGGAGAAGCUGAUGCUGUCUAACAACCCCAUGUGUAUCAUCCCUGACUACAGAACCAAGGUGCUGGCUCAGUUCUGGGACCGCGCCUCAGAGGUAUGCUUGGACAGCACUGAACGCCGACAGAGAAAGAGCUGCGACACUGAAUCUAAAGACCGAGAAUUGGCCAACACCAACGAAAAGAAGAUCAGUGAGGACUCCAGGCUGUCUGGUGGUGGAUCUUCCAUCUCCUCCUCUGUCGCUGCCGCCUCYUCCUCCUCUUCCUCUCUCCUCUCCUCAGCCUUAGCCCCAGCCUGCUCCAGCCAAGAAGUGAUAUGUAAAGAAGAAGCCUUUGUUACCCCUACAAUAUUGACUCCUGUGGAUUUUAUUGCACUUGAUACCCAGCGAUGCUAUGAUGAUGUAAACACUCUGCCUUGUGAGGAACAACUACAGGUUACCAGCCACCAGCCUGAUGAUGAUUCUAGUUCUUUUGAACGCUCCAGUACCCAACAGAACCAGAUCCAUGGGAACAGUAGCUGCUGCUGCUGCUGCGUGGAGGACAGAGAGGAGAGAUACACGUGGAGCAGCACUAACCUGAGGACUCCUGUGCUCCCCCUCCACCUCCCCUCCUCCACCUCCUCCUGUCCGUCCUUCACCUCCCUGCUGUCUGCCCGCAUCACCAGAGCCCUGGCAGAGGAGGACAGGAGGCCCAGCAGACUCCGAGAUCUUCCCAGCCAGGAAGAGACUGAUCUGGGCAGCCCCAGCCCCAGUCCCAGCCCUUCCUCUGGAGAUGGAUACUUUGAGAUGGGUCUGGGGGAGGGAAAGGAGAGGGAGGGAGAGGAGGGGUCCCUGACUGACCAGGUAGAGGGAGAGAACCAGGCCCCAGAGACAGAGGUGUUACGUGUGAUUAAAGUCAUGUGGUGCCACUGCAUCAGGGUUGAUGAUGUGGUGGAGCAGAGGUCGGUGUGCGUGGUGCUAACAAACAGUCUACUGGGGCUGUUCCACUGUCCUAGUCCCCCCUCCACAGCCCCAGCCCAUCAACCCCAGAGCCAACCUCACGACCUUGGCUCAGUCACAGUGCAGACCCAGUGCCUAACCUUACAGACCCUAGUAGAUAACCUGGAGCCAGACUUUGUCCUUCCCUACGACCAGCUAGACUCUCUCCUCUUCUACAUCCCAGACACUUGCCUUUCCCUGAGGGUGAGGUCCUCUGACGUCCGCUGGUACCUCUUCUCAGACCCCCGGGGUUUAAAGGAGACCCACUCCCUGCUCUGCUCCCUGGCCCAGCUCCCCUCCUCCCUGUCAGGAGGACCCUCCACCCCGCAGCAGCUCCUCCACCUGCUCUUCACCUCCUGGGAGUUUGAAGAGAACCAGGGCUGUGUGAAAGGAGGUUAUGCAGCACAUCUAGUGGAGACYGCCAUGUUGGCGUCCCAGACCAGCCAGCAGACAACCACCUCAACAAACCCAACUCUCACUCCUAUGAAGACCUCUACUARCCCCAACACCUUCAACCUCCAAACUCUAACCAAUCCCCUUCUCUCUGACAUCCUAUCCCACGUAGUUCCAGGAGGGGACAGAGACUCCUCCUGCUGUGUCCCCUGUGUCCUGUUCUUGACCCAGCGGCAUCUCUGUGUGCUGAAGGUGGACUUCAAAGCUCUGGCCCGGGGAACCACCAGAGAUGAACAACCGUCAGACAACCACAACCAGAGGCUCCGCUCCUGCUCCAGGCUCACCCGCAUCCCCCUGGCCUCCGUGCUGCGCCACCCCAGGCCGAGUGCCCUGUAUGGUGCUGGGUCUAGGUCGGGGUCUAUCCCUGCCUACUCUCCCAGCUGCCCCCUGCCCUGGCACCAUCGCUCCCCUAGAGACAGUCGCGUCAUGGAGCUCUUAGUGGGACAGGAGAGGGUCACGGCGGUGUUCCCCUUGCCUCACGACAGGCUCCGCUUCCAGAGACAGUUCACCCUGCUGCGCUCCAGCCUCAGGGACAUCAAGACUGUGGCUUUCCUGCAGGGUGGGAACGAACAUAGCCACAGUGACGGGGACAGUUCCAGGACGAUAAACAUAUACACGUCCACUCCCAAUGAGACCAAGAGCACAGACAGGCUGCAGGUUAACAGCCCUCGAGGUGCUCAGCGUCCUCGGCCAUCCCUGUCCCUGUCCUACCCAACAGACAUCCUGGUGGAGAAGCUGACCGGAGACAACCAGGUCCCAUCCCACCUGUCCCUGUCCCCAGCCCUGUCCCUCGUCUCUGGGCUUCGGGGACACCAGCUGCUGGGGUUCUUCCACACAAACAUUGCAGAGGAAGAGAAGGAGGAGCUGCAUCACAUCCUGUGGUCAUCGGUGGUUUUUUAUAAGUCACCUGACGUCGAGGCCACUUCCUGUAUCAUGCUCUCUACUAAAGCCCUCUACUUCCUGCUGGAUGACUCCGCCUCCACGCUCAACGACCAAUCACUACUGUGGGACAAGGAAAGCGACUGUGAGCCAUCAGGAACCCAGAAACCUGUGUUGUGUGUUAUGUCUCCAGGGCCGUCAGCGAACCACAUCAUCUGUUGUCUGACGAGGGACAGUUACGGGACACACCGCUUCCUGCAGCAGCUGAUGACAGUCCUCUCUCUACAGGACAAACUACCCUCUCCUGAACCCUCCGAACAAGACUUCUACUCGCAGUUUGGAAAUAAAUCCACAGGUAAGAUGGAGAACUAUGAACUGGUCCACUCGAGCAGGGUAAAGUUCAUCUACCCCAGUGAAGAAGAGAUUGGAGACCUGACCUUUAUCGUAGCCGAGAGGAAAGGUCCUUCUGGGGCGUCCUCCUGCAAUAUCCUGCUCUACGUACUGGUCUUCCAGGUGCAGACCCAGGGGCUAGGUUUCUCACAGGGCCUCAAUGUGCUCCCACAGACCCAGGCCCCAGCUGCAGACAGACAGACUUCCACUGGGGGUCUGCAGGGGGAUAGAAAGUCUCACCUCCACCCUCAGAGCCCGGUCUCUGCUAGCCAGCCCCGUCUUCACCCCUACCCUCAGGCUCCAGGCCCAGCGCCCUCCAUCAGGCCCCAUAUCCCCCAACAGAGCCUGCCUCCCCAGGCUCCCUCCACCCCCAGGCCUGUCCUCCAUCCUAAGACUCUGAUCCUGACCAGUACAGACGUUUUCCUGCUGGAUGAGGAUUAUAUCAGCUACCCGCUGCCGGACUUUGCCAAGGAGCCCCCUCCCCGAGAUAAGUACCAACUGACYGACGCUCGGCGAAUAAGAGACCUGGAUAGAGUCCUCAUGGGUUACCAGACGUACCCGCAGGCCCUGACGUUAGUCUUCGACGAUGUCCCUGGGCCAGACCUCCUCUGUCAGCUUACCAUGGACCACUUUGGAGAAGAGGAGAGGGGAGGAGGAGGAGGAGGRGGGGRGRAGRRGRGGAGGAGGAGGAGAUGUGGGGGAACAGAGAAUGAGGUACUGUGGUGUAUCUACGUCCCCGGAGCAGACAGCAGGGAGAGGCUGAUAUGUCUGUUAGCGAGACAGUGGGAAGUGCUGUGUAGUAGGGAGCUGCCUGUAGAACUCACUGGCUGACUGGUUCUUCUGCCUGUAGAACUCACUGGCUGACUGGUUCUUCUGCCUGUAGAACUCACUGGCUGACUGACUGGUUCUUCUGCCUGUAGAACUAUCUGGCUGACUGGUUUAGUUCUGCCUGUAGAACUAACUGGGCUGACUGGUUGUUCUGCCUGUAGAACUCCCUGGCCUGGCUGACUGGUUCUUCUGCCGGUAGAACUCCCUGAGCUGACUGACUGGUUCUUCUGCCGGUAGAACUCCCUGGCUGGUGACUGGUUCUUCUGCCGGUAGAACUCCUGACUGACUGACUGUUCUUCUGUCUGUAGAACUCGCUGGCUGACUGGUUCUUCUGUCUGUAGAACUCCCUGGCUGGCUGACUGGUUCUUCUGCUGGUAGAUACUCCUGGCUGGCUGACUGGUUCUUCUGUCUGUAGAACU